UCUGCAUUGGCCCCUGGGGCGGGGUGGCUUUUAAAGACCAGGCUGAGGCUGGGACUCGGCCACCUUCACCUAAGGGUCCCGAGGCCAGUCCGGGGGUCGGCGUCACCGGGACUCGAACCCGCCCUUUCGUCUUCCGAGGCCUAGUGCGAGCCUGCUGCACUAAAGGCAGUCACACUGUCCCUUUAAGGCGGCACUUUUUAUUCUUCAUUUGUUUACUUCUUCGUGCGCUUUUCGUUUUUAACAAAAUGUACUCGCGAUAUCCUUCCGCAAGUGUCAGUCUCAGGCACUCACCACUCGCCUUGAAGCCGUUUCUGUAAUCUUAAGACUCGCGAGUAAGCAACCGUGGGCCGACAUCUCUCUUUAUAGAAUUUAAUUCUUUUACAUUUUAGGGACUACUUUUUAGGAAUAAACCAUUCUUGCGUUAGUUAAUAAAGGUUCAUAACCUUCGGAACCCUUCCGCAGAAAACAGAAUACGAUAAUAGCCUUUAUAACGCACCUUUUCAUAAAAAUAUUCUGUGUGCAUUCUCACAGGCCAUCGAAUCUUCUCGUAUUCCAGAAACAGAAUGGUACGGUCCAGAACCCGCCCCAUCUUCUCUGCGAUUGGCUAUCCUUCUUCAGCGAGUCUUGUGACUUUUGACCAAUGGUCACUCGCGUUUCUUUAACGAAGGCUAAGCGAUGGAAGGAGGCAGCCUGGGUGACGCCCCCUACGCGUUCUGGGAUUGGCUACGUCGCACGGCGCGCGAGGACGGCGGGCCUGAAAGAUAAGAACUACGACUCCCGGCUCCCCACGAUGCAAACUCUGUUACGCAUGCGCAUGGGCGGAGCGAACCCGCUUCUAUAUAAAAGAGGCGCAGAGGGCUGGGAGGCAGCAGUUGGAAGUUGGCAGGUGGAGAGGCAGGUUGAGAGGGGAAAGUCGGGGGAGGAGGCGGAAGAGGAGCUGUGGGAAGGGGGAGGAGGGAGGGAGGAAAAGAGGAGGAGGCGGAGGAGAACUGAGCAGAGCAGAGCAUCGAGCCAAAGGGGAGAUGAGUUUGUCUGUCCUCUGCUGAGGCUCCGGCCGGGCCUAGGGAACUGGGAGCUUGGGUUGAAGCGACACCCGUGGAAGUGGGAGGAGGUGACUCCAGGACUUUAACCCCUUGUGGGCUCUGCGGCAGGGGAUUUAACCCUUUAUGGAUCUUGCCCCUCGGAGGCAGCGUCAUCGGUAGUUUUAACCCCUUCGGGGCUGGGUUUCACCCAGUGGACUUACCCUCAUCACCUUGCUCACCAACUCCUUUAUUGUUGGGGUGCUCCGCUUGGAGGUUUGAGGCCCACCUCCGCACAUUACGUACUGUUCCUGCCGCUGCACCCCCUUGGACCCGCUAGCUGGCCGCACUGUGGGCGCUUAACCCUUUACUGACUUGAGCUCCCUAGAUUGCUAUUGGAGUUUGCCGAUAGAAGGACUGGCUAAAGGCGUCACUGCAGUAACUACAAACUGAAGAGGACUCUGUUGGACUUUUUUUUUUUUUUUUUUUUUUUUUUAAGAACAACCCAUUUUUUCCCUAAAGGACUUACUAGCCAAAAUUUCUCAAACUUCGAGGACUCUACUAGCCAUGGCCGAGCCGUUCUUGUCAGAAUAUCAACACCAGCCUCAAACUAGCAACUGUACAGGUGCUGCUGCUGUCCAGGAAGAGCUGAACCCUGAGCGCCCCCCAGGCGCGGAGGAGCGGGUGCCCGAGGAGGACAGUAGGUGGCAAUCGAGAGCGUUCCCCCAGUUGGGUGGCCGUCCGGGGCCGGAGGGGGAAGGGAGCCUGGAGUCCCAGCCACCUCCCUUGCAGACCCAGGCCUGUCCAGAAUCCAGCUGCCCGAGAGAGGGAGAGAAGGGCCAGAAUGGGGACGACUCGUCCGCUGGCGGCGACUUCCCGCCCUCGGCAGAAGGGGAACCGAUGCCCGAGGCCGAGCUGCUUGCCCAGCCUGGUCAUGACUCCGAGUCCAACAAGUUGGGGGCUCUUGUCGAAGGGGGCAAAGAGGAGUGGGGACAGCAGCAGAGACAGCUGGGCAAGAAAAAACAUAGGAGACGCCCGUCCAAAAAGAAGCGGCAUUGGAAACCGUACUACAAGCUGACCUGGGAGGAGAAGAAAAAGUUCGACGAGAAACAGAGUCUGCGAGCUUCGAGGAUCCGAGCCGAGAUGUUCGCAAAGGGCCAGCCCGUCGCGCCCUAUAACACCACGCAGUUUCUCAUGGAUGAUCACGACCAGGAGGAGCCGGAUCUCAAAACCGGUCUGUACUCCAAGCGGGCCGCCGCCAAAUCCGACGACACCAGCGAUGACGACUUCAUGGAAGAAGGGGGUGAGGAGGAUGGGGGCAGCGACGGGAUGGGAGGGGACGGCAGCGAGUUUCUGCAGCGGGACUUCUCGGAGACAUACGAGCGGUACCACACGGAGAGCCUGCAGAACAUGAGCAAGCAGGAGCUCAUCAAGGAGUACCUGGAGCUGGAGAAGUGCCUCUCGCGCAUGGAGGACGAGAACAACCGGCUGCGGCUGGAGAGCAAGCGCCUGGGAGGCGACGACGCGCGUGUGCGGGAGCUGGAGCUGGAGCUGGACCGGCUGCGCGCUGAGAACCUCCAGCUGCUGACCGAGAACGAACUGCACCGGCAGCAGGAGCGAGCGCCACUUUCCAAGUUUGGAGACUAGACGGAAACUUUUUGGGGGAGGGGGCAAAGGGGACUUUUUACAGUGAUGGAAUGUAACAUUAUAUACAUGUGUAUAUAAGACAGUGGACCUUUUUAUGACACAUAAUCAGAAGAGAAAUCCCCCUGGCUUUGGUUGGUUUCGUAAAUCUAGCUAUGAUGUAGCUUGCGUGCUUUCUCCUGUUCUUUAAUUAUGUGAAACUGAAGAGUUGCUUUUCUUGUUUUUCUUUUUAGUUUUUUUCUUAAUGUGAAAGUAAUCUGACCAAGUUAUAAUGCGUUUUUGUUUUUAAAAAAAAUCCCCUCCUCAAACGGAGCUAUAAGGUGGCCAAAUCUGAGAACAAUUAAAUUCAUUUUAGUUAUAAUAAAUUUAAUAUUUGUAAAUGUAACAGUUUCAGUGUGAUUUCUAGAGCUAAUUCAAAAUAAUAUUGACUUAUGUGACUGCAUUCUGGGGAGGGGUACUACUGAAAUCGCUAAAUUUGUCAGUUUGCAAAAACAAUUUUUAAUGGGAGAAUUUCAAUUUGCCAAUUUUUUCCUUGAAUGAGUUUAUGCUACAAUAUACACUUCAGGCAAAAUAUAAAGAUUUAAUUAUCUUCAGUACUUAAGUGUGCUUGCUUUCUAGUGCCUUGGUUUUCUUUCUUGAUGCUGGAAAAAUAAACAAACCAGUGUUGAGUGUUUAGGUGAGUAGAAAGUGGCUACAAUCUGAAAUUUUAAAUUUAACUCCCUCGCCCAUUCAAAAGCCUAAAAACAAAAAAUGUAAACCUAAUUUGGCAGUUUGUUAGAUUAGACAACUGACAGCCCCAUUUCAUUCCUAACAAGUUGGUUUUCUGUCAUCUCUUCCAGCCCACCCCCCAGGCCCCAUAAGGCUGGAAGAGGCUCUUGGCAAACGUAUUAGUGCAAGUAAUGGUUAAUUUGUUGGGCAGCUCGUUAAAAUGUUCAGAGGUGGGAAAUACUGGAUUUGCAAUGGAAAUGGCUGUUUGGGGGAUACCAAGGACUUACCCUAAUUGUCUGAUACUUAAGUGCUCUCUAUGCGAAAGAAAGAAAAAAAAAGGAAUAGGAGCCAUCCACCUUUCCAUGUGGGUCAAACUAAAAUUAGAAAUGUCCCCUCACUGCAGAUCAAAUGUAAAGCUUCCAGUUAAGGAGCUAAAUGAGGUCCUCAGCUGAAUGAGGAACCCUGUGCAUUCCCUUGCACAGCCCUAUUCUAAAUUGCCUAAAUUAUGCUGAUCGCUGCUUAGGUUCUUGAGUAGUUCUGCUCUUAAAUGCAGGAAGGCCCUAAUAACCAAUUUUUGCCCCAGAAUCAAAAUAGAAUUUACGAGAUUAUUCCCUCCUGUCACUUCAGUUAACCCAGCCCUUCACCUGCCCAAGGGUAACUGCAUUGCUCAAAUCACUAGCAUAGGAGUUCCUUAACUUGGGGGCCUUAGAAACCAUUGUGGGCCUUGGGGGUCCAUGAACCCCACAAAAUUAUUUGUAGACUUGUGUUAUAUGUACAUUUUUCUAGGGAGAAGGUUCAAGAGAUUCAUAGGAUUGUCACACUCCUUGAAGCAUAAGAACCCCUGCAGGGAAGGAGGAAGAAAACCCUCCCAUCAGGAUAAGCAUGCUUUUGCAGUUAAAUGGCGAUGAUGGAGGUGACGGACUUCAAGAGUAAAAUGCAUCUUGUGAUGCAUAAGAAGGAUACACAAAUCAGUAAAUCAAGGGAGAUUAAACCAGUAGGACUGAACCAGGGCCUUCAAAGCUGGACUGAGUUGGUCCUGUUCUGGCACAUAUAGUCCACUGGAGACAAUGUAUGAUCGUGUUUUUCUUUGGUCUGAAAACUAUAUUAAACGUUUAUUUUGAAA